CAGACGACAUUCAUGUGUAUCCCCCGAAGGGUCUGGGGCUGGAGUAUAUGGUGAAUUACAUUCUUCAGAUCAAAAAGAUUCCUGCUGUUCUUCCAGAAGAUAUGCACAUUCCAUCGGCACGCAAGGAUUACCCACGAAAUCUUUGUCCGAAUGAAACUUUAUGUCAGGGAUGUCCAGGCGAAGUCCCUCUCAGUGAUCCUAUGCUAAUUACACAGAACGCCAAAAUACUGACCAAUUGGUGCAUUAUUGAAGAUGUUGCCACCUUCUGUAAGCAGUGCCCGCAUUGCGGGAUGUUUUAUCGCUACCAAGAGUGGAAAGACGGCCUCCAUAACUUCAAUGAUCACAUCAUCCUUGACAUACCUUUGUGCUUAUCCUUCAGGAACCUUCUACAGGUUCAUACUUCAGUGAGCAGAGCAGUUGAAUAUUUACAGCUCAUGACAGGUGUGGAGUUUCCACCUCCAGACACAAUUCUGCAUGCAUAUUUACAGUUUGAAGCCCUCACAGAUCAUGAACACAAGUAUUCAUGCCCCUCCUGUGGCGAUCAUCCCCCGGUGGUGAUCUUGGGUGUUCACAAACCGAGCACUUCUCACUUAUCAGAAAAUGACAUUAAAGAACCACCUGAGAAUUUUAAAGGGGAGGUCAAUCUGGAAAAGUUCUGGGAGGCACUAUCCAAAGAGAUCAUCUGUCAAGGACUUGUUGAAAAUGGUGGACACAAUCCAUUUGUAGUUCCAACAAAUUAUCACUUUUGGGCUCCUUGGAUAGGCAAGAACACACGGCAGUCGGACACUGUGCUGAACACAGAGUUUGAGAAAGUUCGUGCUUCAAAGUCUGCGUCAGAGGUUUUAGAAAUGGCAGUUACAGAGGAUAGUCUCAGUGAAGAACUUUUCAAACAGAAGGAUGAUGUUGUUAGAGGUUUAUGCAACGAAUGUGGUGUGGACUCCACUGGAUCUCGCAGUGAUCUCCUUCUUAGAUUGGCCGGUGAAAUGAAAUCCAGGAAAACAUGUGAAAAAAUCUAUUCGAAAAUCUGGAGUUGCUCUGGAGGCUGGGGAGUCAUCAUGUGCCCAUGUGGAAUUGUCUACAGUCUAAAAUGCAAUCUCCGAGCUGCGAGCCCUCGAGACUUUGCCGAUUUGCUGUUAUCAUGGCAACAUAUGCCGAAUGUCAUGAUUUAUGACUUUGCGCAGAGUCUUGCUACGCACACCAAUCUAAGGGCCCCGGAAAAGCUUCCCAUAUCUCCUUUUGAAGGACUCUUGGUGGAGCCAACUCAAGCACACAUAGAACUUGCCAAACGUGCACGGCUGAGCGUAUCCCUGCCUUGGCUGAGUGAAAAAUUAGAAAUGACAGAUCCUCACGGACACCCUUCGACCGGUUCGUCUGAUCAUUACGUGCUUCAUGAAAGCAACUCAGAAGACGGCACGGAUGUCCUGAGAAAACUCGCGCUCGUGCCUCAGCUGGCCGGCAAAAUGAAUAGUGAAGUUGCAGGGCAACUAUUUGCUAAACUGAAGAACAAUAACUACUUCAUGUCUUUGUCAUCAGCGCAUGUGUUUCUAAUGAGGAACAUCGUUCACCACUAUAAUGAAAACAAGGCCAACAGAGCGAGUACCAGAUUAAGAAAGAGUUCUGGAUCCAACUUGCUGACUGAUGCGCAUGGACAAGCUGUGCUGGAAAAUCCAGGAGAAUCCAGAAACAUGGAUAAUGUGACUGAAGACUCAAUCCUGCAAUCUCUGAUGGACUUGAGCAGCGCUUGACUGGGCCUUCAGCACAGACGACCCGUUGGAGUUGGAAACAAUUGUAAAAUCCUUUUUCUUGACCUUCUUAAUGAGCAGGUUGAGAUUAAAUGAUGAUGAUGAGUGAGUUAGUUGUGGUGAAAACUAAAUGACAGGGAAACCUUUAUUAUGAUUAUUGCAUUUUUUUCCCAUAAAAUUUUGAAUUUACCACUAGGCUAACAAUUAGAUUUAAAGACAGCGUUGUGAUUUCUGGAUACUGGAUGUUAUGUAUGUUUGUUUUGUUUUCAUAAUUAUUAUAAUGUAGCAUUGCUGUCUGAAAAUUGUUUAUUUUUUCGCAAAUCGAUUAUUAUUUUAAAUUCGAAACAUUUUUUUUAUAUUUCUCGAGGACUGUUGAUAUAGUUCAAAUAUGUUAUUUGAGUAUUUCAGUUGUGAUGUUUAAUUUCUUUUAGUUUUACUUAAAGCGAUAUCAAUGUGGAUGCCAUAUCUGAUUAGGAUUCGUUAUUGAAUGUUUAUUUCGUGUUAUAUAUGAUUAAACAUUCAUGACUACAAAUGGUUACACUUUGCGUCUUUAAGUACUGUUUGCAUCAUCACAAACAAGAAAGGAAUUAUAUUAUCUCAGUUAAAUAUU